GAGUGGUGGACGAAGCGUCCGGUUUUCUCCUCCUCCUCCGGCGAGCUCGACGGCGGAUGGACGGGCAGGCGCCGUGGAGGGGUGGGGCUUCUGCCUCCAGGCUCUCGUACAAGAGCGUCACCGUCGCCGUGUGCGCGAUCAACCUCCUCGCGACGGCGCUCCUCCUCCGCAACUACUUCUCGUCCUGGCCGCGCAUCGCCGGCGGUCACCGGUUCGAUUCUGCUCAGCUACGAUAUAUAUGGGAGUCGGAAGAGAUACGUCGUGCUAUGGAACCUGUGGAUUUGAUCAGGAGAGUGAAGGAAAUCGAGCAAGAAGCUUACGGUGAGCAUGGCAUGUCAACACAAGAAGAUGCCAAGCAAACAGCUGCUGUUGAUGUAUCAAAAAGGCUUCAGGAUUUAAGGGCAGGAAAUGAUGGCAGCAGCCAAAAAGCUCUUGAGGAAUGGCGUAAACGGAAGAUGGAGCGCGCAAGGCAGCGGGCGAUCGAAAAGAACGGGACCGCAUCAGGUCCAAGAACGCGAUGAAAUGGAAGAGCUAUUUGGACACAACAUGGCGGGUGUUCUGGUCUUCUGGAUCUGCGGCGUGUUGUAAAAAUUUCUUGUUGCUUUGAUGCACGGUGUUGUGUUUUUAUGUAGCAAAAAACAGAAAUUUUUCAGCAGCAAAGCAAAUUUCGUCCUGGAAAUGUUUCUGAUUUUCUGGACCUCUCUCUAUUGCGUUCUGUGAUAUAGUUCUUUUCUACUAAGAAAUAAAAUCAUUCCAUGCA